UCAAAUUCAUCUUCUUUUUCAGGAUUUGAAAUAAAAUUCAUUUAAUCAUAAGGAAUAACACUGGAAAGCAGAAAUUACACGGAAUAAUGAAAAGAACUGAAUUCACUUAUUUGAUUUGUUUGUUCAUCUCCCUCGUCAAGGACACUGUCGGAUCAGUCCCAGAAUGUCAAAACGGCGGGUAUUUAGACACGGACUAUUAUAACUGUAUUUGCCUGGCUGGUUUCACUGGAUAUCAAUGUGAAAUACAGUUGCUGAACGAAGAUGAAAAAAAACUGCAAGAAGACAUUCAGAGGUGUUAUGAUCCCCAAGUAGAAAGUAUUGAACUCGGUUCAGGCUCCGGAUCCGGAUCUGGUGAAGGUUCCGGAUUUGAGCCGACUCCAAUCACACCAAUUACAUGCAAUAACCCAGAGAAGAGGCCUGUCAAAGGAAAAUGCGAAUUUUACAACACGUUCGAAGGAUUCGUCUUCUUGAAUAAAAAUCUGACAGUGCCGGAGACAGAAUGCGUGUUGGAAGCAAUUUUUACUCCAGUCGAAGGGUUCAUAGAAGUGGAGGCGAAAAGAGGAAAACUAGAUACCUCGUCAAAUGACGCAGUUGGUUAUAAGGACGAAGACAUCAGCGAUGCAGCCCCAAGUGAUCCGUCCUCAUAUCCCGUGCCAGUUCAUUAUUACACAUACAUCGUACAUGCAUCAAGCGAUGCCAGCUAUACUGAACUUCGAGGCGAUGUACAUGCUGCGGUUAAAGUCUCCGACGUGUUGCAACAAUCCGGAUUUAAAGAUCUCAAUGAAUGCAUCACACAAAGAAACACAUGUGAUUCCAAUUCCACAUGCACCAAUAACAUCGGCUCCUACACAUGUGAAUGCAAUCUCAAUUACACAGACGUGACAACUGAGGGUGAAAGGCCAGGAUCUAAAUGCCGAUAUGUUUGUGCUGCUGAAUACGGUUCCAAUGAUCCGUAUUGUAUGAACGAGGGAGUUUGCCAUAUAACGCUGGAGGGGAAUGCGAUGUGCGAUUGUCCAAUAAACUACGCAGGAGAUCAAUGCGAGAACGAUUGGCAUAUUUUCCUGAACGCUACCAUCGGUCUUACAGUAGCUCUGGGACUUAUUUUAGUCAUCUUUGCGUUCGUCACUCUCAUGCUCUACUUCCGAAACAGGAUCGAACGGAACAGUUCGAAAUCGAACUUUGUUGAACUGGAAUCUCACUCUGCUAACGGAGAAUUCAGUCAGCCGAACGAAACAACCGAAAUAAAGGGCAUCUCUAACCCCUAUGUCAGCUCAGAUGAAGGAAUAACCGUUGCCACAAACUCAAAGAUAGGUCGAUGAUGAACCGGAUGUUCCUGAAGUGGAAGAAGACAGAUUAUAGCCUGUCACCAACACGAUGACGUCACCAACAUAAUGACGUCAUCAAAUUUCUUUGCCAACAACAUUCUCUGAAACUAACAUUGUGAAUGAUGUUUCUAAUGAAAUUGAUGCUAAUUAUUAUUUCGCUGCACUUUUAAUAAAAAUCAGUUAAUUUUAUCUGGAUUUUAUGUGAAAUCAAAAUCUGUCAGGGCUGCAAAGUCGGAGAAAAAUUUGCCGGAUUUGCCAAAAUUUUGACUCCAAUCUCAACUCAGGGUCUAGGAAAGUUUGGCUAGGAAUUAAAAGAAAACCGAAUCUUGACUAAAAUAAUUUAAAUGAGUCCGUGGACUUCUCUGUUGAAAUAGCUGUGUUAAAUACGGGGUUCCCAAACAUGGCGUCGCAGAAUAAUUUCCGAAUGGCCGGCAAAAUAUUUGUACAUUUCCAAAAAAAA